UCAGGUCAACCGACGAGGAAAUGGUUAUAUAGACAGACCAAAUCGCCGGGAGUGGUGAGGUACCAAGUCGUCUUCUCACGACUGGCCGAUGCCUGCGAUGGCAGCCUUGUAAUCCAAAUUAUUCUGCGUUGGGAGGGGCUGAGGGAUCGAUGAGGCUACUGGAAUUCCCUUGCGGCCGUCGAGCCUCCCUGCCGGAGGAGACGACGCCAACGCCGACGGCGGAAGCUGGGGACACGCAGCCAGCGGCGGAGACUGCGCCGCCGGAGAAGCUUCUUCGAAGGGCGACGCGCGGGUGGGUGCCGCCGUGGCGGCCGUCUCUGCUGUCGAUCUCGGAGGACGGUGCCUCUGUGGGGACUCCGAGGCAGCCGGCGACGGUGGCGAAGAGCGGAGGAUCGGUGAAGGCGAAGGCGAAGGCGAAACCGGCUGUUAGAGCAGUGCCUCGUGCUACCAAAUACGACUACCAGUACGUAAAUGAACUACGCCGUCGUGCCCGCAUUUGCUCCGAUGGUCUUCCUAUUCUAAGCAUCAUGGCAGUGAGUGAGUAUGAAGAAAUGUUUCGGAAGCAAAACCGAAUGCAUGCUUGUAAUUUCAUGUUGGUGCUGUCGAUGAUGAUAGAUGUUGGUGAUUCUAUAUUUUUCUUGUCCUUUCUUUUGUCAUUUUGAUUAAGUUUGCAAAUAUAUGUACAUACUUGAUUGAUUAAAAUUGAAGGUGGUUCAUUUCA